AAUGCAUGGCGAUCUGCCACUUUCUCUCUAGUGUGCUGCUGCCCACGGCCCAUCCCAUCCCACACUAGCAACGUGGUCUCGCUGGCUCGUUCCAGCCGGACGGGACGCAGCGAGACCCGUAAGUUAUACCCUAAUAACAACCAUUAAGGUAGGAUGCAUUAUCCUAGCUGGCAGUUAGUUGGCCAGGUAUACAGUUAUAACUGGUUUCAGCCGUCCGUCCAUUUUUACCGUUAUGCACCAAACUAACAUGAAAACCUCACGCUUAUAUACCAAAUGCAAUCAAAUGGAGAAAGAGGGGAAAAUAUAAAUAUAAUUAGGGUUUGCAAAUCCCCAAAAUCGAUCAAUCUAUAUGCAAACCCGAGAUUACGUGAAGAAUUUGCAUAUGCGAUUUCUUCUGCAAUCCUCUUUCCUCUCAAUUACGUUUCCCCUUUUCAAUUUGAUUCGCUUAUUCAAUGGCGCAACCUGAAUUUCUCAGAGAUGACGACGAUUACCUCGACGAUCUACGCGACGCCGCAUUCUUCCGCCGCGGAUGCUGCUUCCCGUGCUUCAGAUCGCGGCGAUUCGAGCGGAUCCCGCCGUCUUCCGGAGAGAGCGAGGCGAUUAGCCGGAGCUGGUGGGGACAGGGCGUGGAGGCGCUGAAAAGCGUGCGCGAAUGGUCGGAGCUCGUCGCCGGUCCGAGAUGGAAGACGUUCAUCCGCCGGUUUAAUCGGACCGGCGGCCGGUCGAGGACUGCGAGAUGCCGGUACGAUCCGAUGAGCUAUUCGCUCAACUUCGAAACGGAAGGAUCCGCUCAUUUCCGAGACUUCUCGUCGCGUUAUUCGGCGAUUCCAGCGCAGAAACUCCCGAUCCACGGCGGCACGUGACGGCCACGUGCCGCGGUGAUCGGGUGCGGCCUUUUUAAUUGAUCGGAAGAAUUUAUUCUUUGAUAAAUCAAUGAAAUUAAUGGAUUCGUAAUUAUAUUCGUAA